GAGUAUCCGAUCUUCCUUAAAAAAAAGAGUAUCAGAUCUAUUCUACUCUCUAUAAAUAUCGGAUCACUGCAAAAAUGGCAUCCGAUUCGCAUGCAACAGAGCUCCCCGUGAAGGCUUUUGGAUGGGCGGCAAGGGACACCUCCGGAGUUCUUUCCCCUUUCAAUUUCUCCAGAAGGGAAACAGGGGAGAAGGAUGUUCAGUUCAAGGUUUUGUAUUGUGGAAUUUGCCACUCAGAUCUUCACAUGCUUAAGAACGAGUGGGGUUUCACUGCAUACCCCGUUGUUGCCGGGCAUGAAAUUGUUGGGGUUGUGACUGAUGUCGGGAGCAAGGUUGAGAGAUUUAAGGUCGGAGAUAAAGUUGGUGUGGGAGGUCUGGUCGGAUCCUGUCUAGAGAACUACUGCCCCACAAGUGUAGGGACUUACAAUGAUUUAAGAUCCACCACUUACGGUGGUUUCUCCGACAUCAUGGUCUGUGAUGAGCACUUUGUGCUCAAUUGGCCGGAAACUUUGCCGAUGGAGGCAGCUCCUCUGUUGUGUGCCGGGAUCACAACUUACAGACCAUUGAAAUACUUCGGACUGGACAAGCCAGGAAUGAACAUCGGAGUUGUGGGUCUCGGUGGUCUUGGGCAUAUGGUUGUCAAGUACGCCAGGGCUUUUGGGUCCAAGGUGACUGUCAUCAGCACCUCUGCCGGUAAAAAGGAAGAGGCCAUCGAGCGUCUUGGUGCUGAUUCCUUCUUGGUCAGCCGUGACCCUGAACAGAUGCAGGCUGCAGCGAGCACACUUGAUGGCGUAAUAGACACAGUUUCUGCGGUUCAUCCAAUUUCGCCCCUACUAAGUUUGUUGAAGACCAAUGGAAAGCUUGUAUUGGUUGGUGCCCCGGAGAAACCCCUUGACUUGCCGGCGUUUCCCUUGAUCAUGGGCCGGAAAAUAGUUGCCGGAAGUUGAAUUGGAGGAAUAAAAGAGACUCAAGAAAUGCUGGACUUCUCUGCAAAGCAUAACAUCACGCCCAAUGUUGAGAUUGUGCCCAUAGACUAUAUCAACACAGCCAUGGAACGCCUUGCCAUAGCAGACGUGAAAUACAGAUUUGUAUUGGAC